GUGAUAUCUAGUACGGAGUUGUAUGAACAAUCGAUCGCAAAUUUUCUUUUCCUUCAUCCCAAGCAGCAGUCGCAUUUUCUGGGCGCAACCAGAAUACCCUAAACAGCCCUAACGAUAUCCCCGGGGUCAUACUAGACACCUUCACUCGCGAUGGAUGUCGUACUCGACGUCCUCGACACAUUCGUCCUCGAUAGAGUGUACGCGUCAGUCCUACCUGGUGGGAAUAGUACCUCGGAUUUCGAUACAUCGUUCUUCCUAAAUCAACAUGUUGGCCGUUACUACCCUCUUCAACCCUCUCAAUGGGCGACCGCCAGUCGCUGGAAGCGCGAUGACCUGCCGAGACAAGCUACCUCAUUGUUGUUCAUCACAUGGCUCUUCGGUCUAGCCAUAUACUUCAUCGGCAGCACCAUCUUCUACCACACAUGGUGGGACAAGACCUUGCUCAAACAUCCACGAUUCCUGAAGAAUCAAGUCCGUCUGGAAAUCGAGCAAGCCCUGUUCUCCAUCCCGAUAAUGGCUAUCCUCACGGUCCCGUUCUUCCUAGCAGAGAUUCGCGGCUGGUCUAAGCUGUACGAUUUCGCCAGUGAAGCUCCGUUCCCUGCGUACAACUGGCUCCAGUACCCUCUGUUCGUGGCAUUCACAGAUUCCGGCAUUUAUUGGAUUCAUAGAGCGGAGCAUCACCCUUUGGUAUAUCGGUGGUUGCACAAGAGACAUCACAAGUGGCUCGUGCCGACACCUUAUGCGAGUUUCGCGUUCAACCCAUUGGACGGGUGGGCGCAGAGUCUCCCGUACCACGUCUAUCCGAUACUGUUCCCAUUGCAGAAGGGUGCAUAUCUGGGCUUGUUUGUUUUCGUCACACUGUGGACGGUUUUGAUCCACGACGCCGAUUGCCUUUCUCAUUCUGCUAUCAUCAAUGGCCCCGAAUGCCACACCCUGCACCACCUGUACUUCAAUUAUAACUAUGGGCAGUUCACAACGUUCUGGGAUCGUGUUGGAGGAACCUAUCGGAAAGCCCGCGGCGACGAGUUCAAGAUCGUCAAGAGUCAGUAGGAUGCACGCGCAUAAGAUCGCUCGCCUACAGGGGCGCAGCACUGCUCCGAUGACUAGAGUCCAUACCGCCGGUCGGGAAAGCCGGUCAUUGAGCCUAACCUUGUAAUAUUAAUGUUAAUAAUGGAUAGAGAAGCCCCUCGCCUGUACAUUUUAUUAGACAGAACAUAUGAACUAUGUCCUAUUGGGACCUUUGAUAUUCCG